GCCCCCACGGGUGCCUUCCUCCUUCCUCUUUCUACUACUGCCCUGCCCUUCCCCAGGCGGAUUCCUUAUAGGUCUCAGGUUCCCCUCCGAGGCCGUGAGGUCUGGGCUGCCCUGGAGGACAUGGCCUGGGCCCCUGACAACGUGCGGAAAUGGUCAACCCUGGCGCUGCUGGCCCUCAUGGGCACAGCCCUGACAGCGGCCAUCAACCCUGGCUUCUCGGCCAUAAUCUCCCAGAAGGGUCUGGACUUCGCAUGCCAGGAGGGUGUGACCGUGCUGCAGAAGGAGCUAGAAAUCAUCAAAGUUCCCAACUUCUCUGGAAUCUUCAAGACGAAGCAUCUGGGGAAAGGUUCCUAUGAGUUCUACAGUAUGACAGUGGAUGGAUUUCACAUCCCUAAUCCCCGGAUCAGUCUGCUACCCACGGACAGGCUCCAGCUGUCCAUCAAGGACGCCAGCAUCAAGAUCAGAGGGAGAUGGAAAUCAAAGAAGAACUUCCUCAAAGCCAGCGGCAAGUUUGAUCUGAGCAUCGAAGGCGUCUUCAUCUCUGCUGACCUGCAGCUGCACAGGAACCCCCCAGGCCGCCUCACUGUGGAAUGUUCUACCUGCAGCAGUUACAUUGACAGGAUUCAUCUCCAGAUCUCGGGCAGCAUGCUGGGGUGGCUGAUUCAGCUGUUCCACAAGAAAAUCGAGACUGCCCUGAGAAACAGCAUCUAUGAAAAGAUCUGCAGAGUUGUGACCAUCUCCGUGUCCACCAAGCUGCAGCCUUACAUCCAGACUCUUCCAGUGGUUGCCAGAGUGGAUGAAAUGGCCGCAAUUGACUACAGUCUGCUGAAUCUUAAAACCACAGAUGAGUUCCUGGAAGGGCAGCUAAAGGGGGAGUUUUUCUGGAGGAGACACCACGACCCACUCCCUAUUACCCCACCAGCAAUGAGUUUCUCCCCCAACAAGAGCUACAUGGUACAACUGGGCAUCUCCGACUACUUCUUUAACACUGCCGGGUUUGCAUAUCAAGAAUCUGGAACAUUGCAAAUGACCCUGAGGGACCAAAUGUUGCCAAAGGAUUCCAAAUUCCGACUGAACACCGAGUUCCUUGGGACCUUCCUGCCCAAGGUGGCCUUGAAGUUCCCCAGCGCAGAGGUGCAGCUGCUGCUCUCCGUUUCCUCACCUCCACACCUGAGCAUCCAGCCCUCAGGCCUCUCACUCGACCCUGGCCUGGAGGCCCAGGCCUUUGCUGUGCUCUCCAACUCCUCCCUGGUCCCUCUUUUCCUGGUUCACAUGAACACAACCGCCUCUUUGGAAGUGGACGUUGAAGCAGACAGGCUUGUUGGAGAGAUGAAGCUAGAAAAGCUGACGCUGGAACUGAAGCAGUCUGACUUCGGCUCCUUUAAGGUGGAGCUGCUGCAGACUGUCAUAAGCUACCUCAUGCCCACGCUAGUGCUGCCCAAGGUCAAUGAGAUGCUGCGUAAAGGUUUCCCUUUGCCUUUGCCCGCUGGGGUCCGGCUCGACAACCCCGUGUUUCAGUUCUACCAGAAUUUCCUGGUGCUUGGAGCAGAUGUCCACCGGACCUGAGAGAUCACCACAGGCCCUGGGCCUGGGAGCCCUGCAGCUGCUCCCAAGGGGGCCACUGCACUCACAAGACAUCCUGCUCCAGGAAUCCUUUAGUCUUUGGCCCUGAACCCCAGCCCCUUGCUCACUUCCCCAAGCUCGGCUCUAGAAAUCACCCAAGCCAGUGGAAGUUGAGCACAGGAAAAGAGGGAGGUUUGUACGCCAGGGCUCCUUGCCUCUUUCACUGCGGCCCCUCCAGCACCGGCCUUUCUGCUGGAACUGUGACAUUACUUUGGACUUUGCAAAAGCACCUGUGUUUUUCCUGCA